CCCCAAAAUUAUGAGUGUAAAAUUAGUAUUUUGCCUUCCCUAAAAUUUAAAUUUUUUAAAAUUUACCCCAAAAGUAUGAGUUCCCCCGAAUGGAAAUCCUAGCUUCGCCCCUCUCUAUAUAUAUAUAUAUGUAUAUGUAUAUGUGAUUAUAUAUAGUACACAAAAGUUCAAGAAGAGGCCAUGAAACCUUCAUAUAUAGAGAGAGCAUGGAGCAGAACAUAAUAAUUUGGAGAGAGAUCAUCAUCAACUUUAAUUAGGGGAAAUUGGCUUUGGCCGGUGAGAGAGAUGGGAAAGCUUGAGGACAUGAAGCCUGUGAUGGCGAUGUUAGUGCUCCAAUUCACAUACGCAGGGGUCAAUCUCUUCUCAAGGGCAGCAGUUUUACAAGGGAUGAACCCCAGGGUUUUUGUUGUUUACAGGCAUGCCAUGGCCACCCUCUUCAUUGCUCCUGUUGCCUUUCUAUCCAGAUGGGGGAAAUCUAACAGGGCUUCGAUGGGAUUGAAGAGCUUCUCGUUGAUAUUUCUAGCAGCUCUCGUAGGAGUGGUGAUCAAUCAGAAUAUGUAUACAGAGGGUCUAUAUCUAGUAUCGGCAUCAAUCGCAAGUGCCAUGGCUAAUCUUGUCCCGGCAAUCACCUUUAUCAUGGCAUAUGCUCUCCGAAUGGAGCAUAUAAACCUUAGAAGCUUGAGAAGCAUUGCGAAGAUAGUAGGGACAAUUUUAUGCGUGGGAGGAGCAAUUAUCAUGGCUUUGCUAAGAGGCCCGAAACUUCUGAAUAAUAGCAAUGAGCACCUCAUACUAUUGGGAUCUAUGUUUGGGUACGGAGGUGGUGGCCAUGACAAUAAUUGGAUUAUCGGCUGUCUCUUCCUAGUGGGGAGCUGCUGUUGCUGGGCAUUUUGGCUCAUACUGCAGGUUCCAAUGGCUGCGAACUAUCCCGACUGUAUAUCAUUAUCAGCUUGGAUGUGCUUCUUAGCAUCUAUACAGGGAGCGGCAUUGACCCUCUUCUUAGAAAGAGACCUUAGCGUAUGGAUUCCCAACACAAAGUUCCAAUUAGGAUGCGUCAUCUAUACGGGCGUAAUUGGAUCGGGGAUUUCUUUCUUCGUGCAAGCGUGGUGCAUUGCAAGAAAGGGCCCUGUCUUCUCUGCGAUGUUCAACCCUCUAUGCACAGUUCUAGUCGCCAUUUUGGCUGCAAUUUUUCUUCACGAGGAAGUAUACACCGGAAGCAUCGCUGGAGCAAUUGGAGUGGUGAUUGGUCUGUACUUUGUGCUAUGGGGUAAAGCAAAGGACAUUGCCCCCAUCACGAGCGAAGACAAAUUGCCUUCUAGCAAAAUUGAUUUGGAAGAACCCCUUCUGCUUAAUAAUUCACCAACUGAUAAUAUUAAAGAGGCUAGCGGCACAGAUUAUGUGCAAUUGUAGAAUUUUCCUUUUGUUCUUUCUUGCAUUUUUGCAUGCCCAUUUGACAAAGCUUUUCCCCUUGAAUAAUAAGUGAAAGUAAUUUUGUAAUGUUGUUAAAGUGUGUGUCUAUAUUUAACACUGUAGAAUCUUUCUCA